CCUCAUUUUCCCAACAUCCGGGAACUUUUGAGCUAACCAGUGUGGAGGCUGGGUAAGGAAAGGAGAGCAGUGGUGGAAAGGCGGACUGAUGACAGCUGUCAUUGUGGACAAAAAACACUUCCAAAUUCCAAAGACAGGACUAAUGUCGGACCCUUAAACCGCAAAGGAGAAAGGACAACACAAUUGCCGAGUCGCCUGAUAUUUCAAGACGUCGCAAAGGUUUUUCUCUACCGUCUAAAUUCCCUUCAUAGCCUUGCACAUUACUGGAGGAGCGACAGUUGGUGAGGCAACAUGGGCACACAAGGCUCUGGUAGGAAGCGUGCCCCGCUAAAAGAUAGGUUCUCUGCAGAGGAUGAGGCCUUGAGCAGCAUUGCCCGAGAAGCAGAGGCCAGGCUUGCAGCAAAAAGAGCAGCUCGGGCAGAGGCCAGGGAUAUUCGAAUGAGAGAACUUGAGCGGCAGCAGAAAGAGCUUUCUUACCGCACAUCCAGCAGCAGUAGCAGCAAAAAAUGGGGUCAGAUCCACCAGUGGAUGGCUGACACAGAAAAAGCUAGAGCCACUAAUAGUAGUAGAUCAAGCAGCCGUCAUCGGGGCCAGAAUGAUGAUGUCAUGUCUGUCCGCAGCUACAGGUCAACCUCAUCAUCCAUCCGUGACUUGGGCUCAAACAGGAGUCGAUCCACUUCCCGUAGAAAAGACAUCUUGUCUGAUGAUGUGACCAAUAGCUCCACUCUUAAGAGCUCGCGUUCUACUAGUUCUGUAUACAAUGAUCUACAUGGCCAUAAAAAGUCUUCUAGCUCCUCCAGGAAAGAUCUGCUGACUGGACUGUACCAUGAUAAAAGAAAUUACACCAGCCUAACGAAGACCAAAAUUCUGCCCCAUCCUUCGACCUCCUCCUAUCAGCCACGGGCCAUCACUUCCUCCCCUUCCUCUACCACUGGCACAGGGCUGCCGCGUAGCUAUAGCAUGGCCUCGAUUUAUGACGACACCGCUCUUUACGGCUCAAGCCACAGUUCAAGAGCUCCCUCUGAAUAUAGCUGGUACUCCUCUGGAGCCAGCUCCACUCGCAGCAGCCCUGCGUCUUCUUCAGAUGAUGACACUGUGAGCAGCGUGUCCCAGGAACGCUUCAGCAGAGGCCGCAGGGACAGUGCGUCGUCUGACUUCUCGGACAUUAGUGAGUCAGCAGCUGAUUAUUUCAGCCGCUCCAACAGAAGGGGCAGUAUUGUGUCUGAUCUGGAUGAUUUGCGUAUUCCAGAUCUUGAUACUCUGGACGAGAAAUGUGACAAGCAGUAUUCAGAUUACAGUCGGCCAUCUUCCCGCUGUGCCACCCCAGGUCUAUCAGCAGCCACCCUGGCAUCUUUGGGUGGCACCUCAUCGCGACGGGGAAGCACAGACACCGGCAGUGUCUAUGACCCAGACACCAAUCUGAGUGAACUUAGGGAUAUCUAUGAACUAAAGGACCAGAUUCAGGAUGUAGAAGGGCGAUACAUGCAAGGGCUUAAAGAGCUGAAGGAGUCCCUUGUAGAGGUGGAGGAGAAGUAUAAGAAAGCAAUGGUAUCGAAUGCGCAGCUGGACAAUGACAAGGGAAACCUCAUCUAUCAAGUGGACACAUUAAAAGACGUCAUUGAAGAGAUGGAGGAGCAAAUGUCCGAGAUGAAACGGGAGCUGGAAGAGAAGUCAAAGGAACUAGAAAGGCAAAAGCACUCAUGUAUUGUCCUGCAACAUAAGCAAGAAGAACUGAAAGAGGGAAUCCGCCAGAGAGAUGAACUUAUUGAGGAGAACCACCAAGUGCAGACAAAGUUAGAUGCUCUCACCAGAGAGGUGUUUGACCUGCAGGAAACGAUAAACUGGAAGGACAAAAAGAUCGGGGCCCUAGAGAGGCAGAAAGAGUACUUUGAUUGCAUUAGGAAUGAGAGAGACGAGCUCAGAGAUGAGCUUGCUGACCUCAAGGGGAAGGCCAAACCAGCAGAGACACAUGGGUUGGUCAUCAUUCCAGAUGGCACACCAAACGGAGAUAUCAACCAUGAGCCCCUGUCGUCGGGGAUCACUGUGGUCUCACAGGAGGCCGCUCAGGUGCUGGAGUCUGCUGGAGAGGGCCCGCUUGAUGUCAGGCUACGGAAGUUAGCUGAGGAGAAGGAUGAGCUGUUGUCUCAGAUCAGGAAGUUGAAGAAUCAGCUGGAGGAGGAGCGACAGAAACACUCCAAGGUGGACAGUGUGUACACCGAUGGCGACAAGAUGGAGAACGGUACAGACCUACACUUCAUUGAAAUGCAGAGAGAUGCCAAUAGACAGAUUAGUGAAUAUAAAUUCAAGCUUUCGAAGGCAGAACAAGAAAUGGGUACGAUGGAACAAAAUAUAAACAGACUUGAAGGACAAGUGUCCAGGUACAAGGCAUCAGCUGACAACUAUGAGAAAAUAGAAGAUGAGCUUAAAGCAGAAAAGCGCAAACUCCAGAGGGAGUUACGCACGGCUCUCGACAAGAUAGAAGAGAUGGAGAUGACCAACAACCACCUCGUAAAGCGUCUGGAAAAGAUGAAGGCCAACAGGAACGCUCUCCUCUCCCAGCAGUGAGGCCCAGCCAGCAUCGCCACAGAAGCCCUUAAAAGUCACACCUCAGACUGCCAUGUAGCGCCCAGAGAACAUGUGCUGUCCAGCUCUAACACUUCAACAUGUGUAGCUCACCAAAAACACUUGAGAACUUCAAGCAAAAAAAUAAGACAAAAAGAGAGCAAGAAGUUUUGCUUUGUUCCGGCCGACAGUUGCCAAGGCUCAAACGUAACUUGGGAGAUACAUGUGAGGAAAUCUCUACUUUCAUUUUUUGUUCUGCAACAUGUUAUUGGCAAGAAUUUACUUGAUUCUGGCUGGGAGCUUGGCUGUUUUGUUAAGUUGCAUGGAUGAGUAUCAUGAUGCUUUUAAAAGACUGUCACAGCCGCUCUGGCCCUGCACCUUCCAGCUUCCCUCACAGUCAAAGUGCCUUCUCACACUAGCGGUCCCACUGCUCCAUCAAACAAUAACUGUUUCAACUGGUACAUUAUGUAUUUAAAGAGGUGCAGAUGGAACAUAUAUAUGUAUAUAUACAGUAUAUAUACACACACACACAACCAACUGCUGCAGUUUCCUUUUUUUCAAUAUUUAAAUGAUUCUUGAAAAUAAAUGUGUAAUUUACAGAA